AUGGCGUCCAAGUCCAAAAAAGCUGCGGCUCAAAAGCCGCAUGGUUACGAAUUCGGUGGACCCAUCGGCGCCUUCUUCAUCUCUUUCGGACUCCCGAUCCUCGUCUACCUCUUCAUCUUCAGCUGUAACGAUGUUUCUGGCUGUCCUGCGCCGUCCCUGCUGAGCCCCUCAACCCUGAAACUCGACCAAUUGAAGCGUGAGGUCGGAUGGCCCGAGGAGGGCAUUUGGGGUCUGGGAAGCGUCAAGGUCACCGCUGCCGUCUUGGGAUACUAUCUCUUCAAUGCGCUUCUCUACCGCAUACUUCCUGGAGCCGAGGUCGACGGUGUUGAGCUUGCUUCCGGCGGUCGUCUUAAGUACCGCUGCAACUCCUUUGCUUCCAGCAUGUUCAUCUUAACCGUCUGCCUCGCCGGCACCAUUGCCCAGGGCGCCGAGUUCCCCCUCUGGACCUUUAUCACCGAUAACUACGUACAAGUCGUUACCGCCAACAUUCUCAUCGCAUAUGCCCUGGCCAUUUUCGUGUACGUACGGAGCUUCAGCGUGAAGUCGGGCAACACACAGUUACGCGAACUCGCUGCUGGCGGACACACGGGCAAUAUGAUUUACGACUUCUACAUCGGACGGGAGCUCAACCCCCGCGUUACGCUUCCUAUCCUCGGCGAAAUCGAUAUCAAAGAGUGGAUGGAAAUCCGACCUGGUCUGCUGGGCUGGGCUCUGGUGAACUUUGCAUGGAUGGCCAAGCAGUAUCGGACCUACGGCUUUGUUACUAACAGCAUCAUCUUCACCUCGGCAGUUCAGCUUGCGUAUGUGAUUGACUGCUGGUGGAAUGAGCCCGCGAUCUUGACCACCAUCGACAUCACCACGGAUGGCUUUGGGUUCAUGCUCUCUUUCGGCGAUCUCGUGUGGGUGCCGUUCGUCUACUCGCUGCAGACGCGCUACUUGGCCGUGUACCCAACCUCGCUGAGCCCCUUGGAAAUGGCCGGCAUCGUUGGGGCCAUCGGCGUUGGCUUCUCCAUCUUCCGUCUGUCCAACAGCCAGAAGAACGCAUUCCGCAACAACCCCGACGACCCCAGUGUGUCCCAUCUCAAGUAUAUGGAAACGAAGGCCGGAACUCGUCUCCUCGUCUCGGGCUGGUGGGGGGUCGCGCGACACAUCAACUACCUCGGCGAUUGGCUGCAGUCGUGGCCUUACUGCCUGCCUACCGGCAUGGCCGGCUACACGAUCGUCUCUGCCGGCACGGGAUACGCCGAAGCCGGACUGGAAGGUGCCUUCAAGAUGGCCGAUGGGCGCGAGGUUAUCCAGGGUGCCGCGCGGGGAUGGGCGAUCCCCAUCACGUACUUUUACAUUGUCUACUUCGCCGUGUUGCUGAUUCACCGUGAUCGCCGCGACGACGAGAAGUGCUCGCGUAAAUACGGCGAUGACUGGGAGAAGUACAAGAAGAUUGUGCGUUGGAGAAUCGUCCCUGGUCUGUACUAA